GUUGAUGGCUAAUUACUUGGACUAGGUUUAGUUAGUUUAGUGAUGAACAAACGGCAAGUGUCGCUUCAAAGUAUUUCAGUCACUUAGAUAUCUUAGUGCUAUUAAUGUAUUUAUUUGCAUAUCAUAUGCAAAAUUGAUCGUUAGUCUAAGUUUUUAACUGCCAAUUAACUAUAAUAACAUGCUAUGGCCUAGGAUAGGGCGCUUACUGUUGGCCAAGCACGUCCGACAGUUUGGCACAAAAGUCAUAAACGACGUGCGGUUUACACGCGGCAAUUACUCUCGAGUCACGAAUGCAGACGUCCAACACUUUAAAUCGAUACUGGGCGAUUGCAAUAUCUUGACUAGCGAAGAGGACGUGCGACCGUACAACGUGGACUGGAUGAAAUACAUGUCUGGUGAGAGUAGGACUGUGCUGAAGCCAAAAAAUACAGAAGACGUGUCAGCUAUAAUGAAGUACUGCAACGACAGAAACAUAGCGGUGUGCCCACAGGCAGGUAAUACUUGUAUAUCUGGUGGCAGUGUGGCUGUAUUCGAUGAGGUGGUCUUGUCCAUGCAACGGAUGAACAACAUAAUUGAUUUCGAUCCAGUGUCCGGAGUGUUGGUGUGCGAGGCGGGAUGCGUCCUGGAAUCGCUGAUGGGGCACGUGGAAGGCUACGGGCACAUAAUGCCGUUGGACUUGGGGUCGAAGGGCAGCUGUCAAAUUGGCGGCAACGUGUCUACCAACGCCGGAGGCAUACGCGUCAUACGGUACGGCACGCUGCAGGGAUGCGUACUUGGACUGGAAGCCGUGACUGCCGAUGGUUCAGUUUUAGAUUGCCUGAACACUAUGAGAAAAGAUAAUACCGGAUACCAUUUAAAACAUUUGUUUAUUGGCUCGGAGGGUACUUUAGGAAUUGUCACAAAAGUAGCUAUUAUGUGUCCAAUUUUACCCAAGAAUAUUUCUGUAGCUUUUAUAGGUUUAGACAGCUAUAAAAAUGUGCUGAAACUAUUUUCGAUAGCCCGGGAGGAAUUUUCUGAAACGUUAUCGUCUUUUGAAAUUAUGGAUAAUACUAUCGUAACGGCCGUUGAAAAAAAUUUAAAAUUAAAUUGUCCUAUCCAAAAUGUGCACCCGUUUUAUGUUCUCAUCGAGCUAGCUACCAGUCGGCCGAACGUUGAACAACACCUUACAAACGUGUUGGAAAAAGCUUUAUACGAAUCGAUUAUCUCCGACGCUACUACUACAGAUAAGAUGUCCAGCAUUAAUAAUAUUUGGAAGAUUCGAGAGAGAGCAUUAGAAAGUCUGAUGAAAUACGGCUAUGUGUAUGCAUACGACAUAUCAGCACCACUUCACUGCUUUUUCGACAUUGUAGAAAUAUUAAAAGAAAAACUGAAAAGUGCCGUUGACUGCGAAGCCGUUUGCGGCUUCGGACACAUAGGUGAUGGAAAUUUGCAUUUGAAUGUGGCUACGAGGGAAUACGAUGAGAAUUUGUCCAGAAUCAUUGAGCCGAUCGUUUAUGAUUGGACGUCCAAGUGCCAAGGGAGCAUUAGCGCCGAGCACGGUAUCGGAGCUAUAAAAAGGAAUUACCUGGAACGUACAAAGAAUAGCCAAGCUCUGGCUUUAAUGAAAACAUUGAAACACACUAUGGACCCCAAGUGCAUACUGAACCCCUACAAAGUUCUAGCGUCAGCCAAAACGUGAUUAACCCGUUUAAAAUGAAAAAAAAAAUACAACCAGAGUUCUACGUCCAGUCUGAACAGCGAUAAAAACAAACAGUCUCGUUAAAAUAAAUAUUUUGUUUAAAUGUAUAUACGGUAACUGCUUUGCUGCACAGGGACCCUAAUUUUUUUUACGAUAUUACAAAGCUGAACAUUUCUUCUUCGCCAUGGAGGAUCAUUAAGACUCUCCAAAUUGAGUACACUUGGAAGACAAUCAUUUACGUUAUUAUUUAAUUUUGUAUUGUUCAACUAUUGUAAUACACUAUUACGUUCUUGUGUUUUUUUAUGUAAUCGAUAAAUCUAAUAACAAAAAAUAUCGUAGUGUAAAAUAUUAAUAUUGUACUAUUAUUUAUUGCACUGUAAAUUAUUAAUUAAUUCUGUACUUUUGCCUCUUAGGCAUAUAUAAAUUAAUAAAAUAACGAAAUGUUUAUUAAGUUAAGUAGAA